AAGCAUACUACCUAUGAUCCUGAUGCGCAAAGCUGACGGGGAUUUCUAGCUCUGGCAAGCUGCAUUUAAAAUUUUGCACGAAUCUGAGCUGAGAAUCUCUCAUUCUUCAGUUCUCUGGAGAAACCCAGCUUUCAGGCGCCCUAGCUUCCAGCUUUCCAGCGUGUGCCUGCUUUACGAUCGCGCCGUCAGUCCCCUGCCCCCACGUUUUGUUAGCCAGCACUCGAGAGCGCCAUACCAUGGCGUCUCUCUACAGCCUGUUUGAGCAGGCGAUCGCGCUGCCCCUUGAGCACUUCGCUCACACCUUUUGUGAGGGAGCACGUGAUUUUGCUGGAGUCCUUAGCUCCAGCUUGAGCGAGGUUCCUGGAGGGGAGCUCUUGGCAGGGGUUGCCCGUGAGGCCCUGGAUGCGCUUCUCCCUGCAGAGGAGAAGGCCCAGGCGGAGGGGCAGUGGAGGAUGGUGGCAGGGCUGGUGGAGGGAGAGGAGGAGGAGGGAGAGGUGGAGAGGGAGGAGGAGGGAGAGGUGGGGAGGGAGGAGGAGGAGAGGUUGGUGGUCGUGACUGAGGGUGUCCGAGAGGAGGAGGAUGCGGCAGGGUCUCCCCGGACAGUUUGCGCAGAGGGUGACUGCCAUGAGGCGCCCUCUGCAGAGCCCCUCCUCGACGUGGUUCACGCCUCCCCCGCCGCUGCCUCUGCGCCCGACCAGACGGAGCAGCGGGGCACCGGCGCGGCGGAGGCGGACUCCACUGUCAUUGGGGAGGAGGCAGACGACUCUGGCGCUCGGGAGGGGGAUGAGGAUCGGUCUCCCGGCGCCUCCUGCGCAGAGGGUGGCUACCACGAGGCACCCUCUGCCGCGCCCCUCGCCGAGGCGGCCGCAGACCCCCCCGCCGCUUCGGCCCCCCACUCGACGCAACCCCAGAAGGAGCAGCGGGGCAGCGGCGGGGGCGGGUCGUCAUCCGCAGAGGGAGGACUAUUCAGCGCAGACGCGUUCGUCCUCCCUAGCGAUGACGGGACCCUAUUCUCCGACCCCUUGUUUGACUUUGACCCGCUCCCUGCUGCUGACGAGGGGGUUACGGCCUCUGAGGAGGAGAGGGCUGUGGCUGAGAUAGCGGGGGCCGAGGCAGAGGCGCUGUCUUGCGGAGAGGCGCUGCUGCCCAGGGGGGUGCUGAUGGAGACAGCGGGUGCGGAGGAGGUGGGGCCGAGGGAGGAGAGCGUCGCGCAGGACCAGCAUCCGGUAGAGGCCGCCAGGACUGCUUCGCGCUUCCCCCCGCAGUACGCAUCCCUGGCUGGGGUCCUCGAGUUCUUUCCGCACGUAAUGAUGGGGACUGAGCUGGGCAAGGGCGGGCAGGGUACCGUAUACCUGGCGGACGUUCUUAGCACGGACCGGGGGCGCUUCCCGGUUGCAACAAAGGUACCGUCGGCAGGCCUUCCGGGGGACUACCUGCUGCAAGAGGCCCUGGUCUGCGUGGAGCUCCAGGCCUGCCCCAACGUGAUCCCCCUCCUGGGCUUCACCGUCCAGCGGGGCACGUUCAUCCCGCUAUACGCGCUCGCGGACCCCUCCCCCGCCUGGACGCAGCCCGGGGCCGGCGCGCAGUGGACCCCCCCCCAGCUGUACCACAUCGCCGUGAUGGUCUACCAGGUUGCGCUGGGGCUGGAGGGGAUGCACAAUCUUGGAUGGCUGCACGGGUGA